UUCACGGCUGUACACAAGUAGUUACUGGCACACAGAGGCCGUUACAGAUACACGCAAAAUAUUUACUUUUAAAUACGAAACUUAUAUUAUUAGGCACGAUCGAGAACCUGCCCGAGUAAUAACGAAUUUGACCCGGAGUCGUUAAGGCUGUGCAGGGUGAAGUCGGGGGAGACGGACAGGAAAAAAACAAAGAUGGCUGUGUAGCCAGAGAGACGAGUCCCAACAGAAGUGUCUCUAGCCGCGGCUUUGAUCACCGACAGGUCCCGUGAGUCCCGUGGACAGUCAGUCGGUACCGGAGCGGGGACAUUAGACGAGCAGCCGAGCUGGGCCGCGGUGCACAUCUUUGUAUUCUGCUGUCAUUGCGAAUAACGGCGUCGAGAGCACAACAACAGCUGAGGGACGCCUGAGUUGUUUUUGUUCUGCCUGGGCAAAGGGAGAGGACUGCUGUGUUUUUGUCAACGUAGCUAGCACAUAGUCUGCUAGCUUCACUGUAAGUCACCAAAACUAGUCAACAUUUAAUUUAGUCGUUAUUACAUUUUGCACAUGAUCUCGUUAUUACACAAUCAUUGGUUUGUUAAAUUUUCAAGUUCCUAAGUGUAGGGUAGCAUUAAUAAUAAGUUAGUCCGCAUUCCUUUCUGACAGCCUGCUGCCGUAGCGUUAGCCUGGCUAACGUUAGCUAGCUGUCAGCUGACCGUUAGCUUGACAGGUUGUGAGCUAGUCCCUAGCUAACCUGCUAAUAUUUCGGGUUCAGCGUGGUCGCGGCAGGUACAUCUCAGACAUUUCUAGACAGUCAUCGCCAUGUCUUCACUGGAAGAGAGAGACGUGGGCGUUGCGGCCGCCCCUGGCUCCUCCUCGGCCGGCCUGGGGGUCGGGGCCGUGGGGGCGGCAGUGGAGGCUGUCGCCGGGGUCGCUGCCAUGCAGGAGGAGGUCGGGAUACGACGAGAAGGGCCCGAGCCUGACGCAGACGAGCCACCCAAGAAGAGGGUGAAAAUGCCCGAGGGAGAGUCAGGAAAGCUGGAGGAGAGACUGUACUCAGUGCUGUGCUGCACCGUGUGCCUAGACUUGCCCAAGGCGUCUGUAUACCAGUGUACCAAUGGACAUCUGAUGUGUGCAGGCUGUUUCAUCCACCUCCUGGCUGAUUCUCGUCUCAAAGAAGAACAGGCCACAUGUCCCAACUGCAGGUGUGAGAUCAGCAAGAACCUGUGCUGCAGGAACCUUGCAGUGGAGAAGGCUGUCAGUGAGCUGCCGACAGAAUGUACCUUCUGCCUAAAACAGUUCCCCCGCUCCAGCUUAGAGAGACACCAGAAAGAGGAGUGUCAAGACAGGGUGACGCAGUGUAAGUACAAGAGGAUCGGCUGCCCUUGGCAAGGUCCCUUCCACGAGCUGCCAGCACAUGAGAGUGAGUGCUCCCAUCCCACUAAGACUGGUACAGAGCUGAUGGGAAUCCUGGGAGAGAUGGACCAGAACCACCGCAGAGACAUGCAGCUCUACAACAGCAUCUUUAGCCUGCUCUGCUACGAAAAGAUUGGGUUUACAGAGGUGCAGUUCAGGCCGUACCGCACUGAUGACUUCAUCACUCGUCUGUACUAUGAAACACCGCGCUUCACUGUCCUCAACCAGACGUGGGUGCUGAAGGCCCGCGUUAAUGACUCCGAGCGCAACCCCAACCUCUCCUGCAAGCGCACACUCUCCUUCCAGCUCAUCCUCAAGAGCAAGGUGAACUCUGCCCUGGAGUGCUCCUUCCUGCUGUUGAAGGGGCCGUAUGACGACGUGCGGAUCAAGCCUGUCAUCCACCACCACUCCUUCAGCAACGAUGCCAACGAGACCGACUACGUCCCUCUGCCCAUCUCUGAUUCGGUGGAGUGCAACAAACUGCUGGCCGCCAAAAACAUCAACCUGCGCCUAUUCAUCUUCCAAGUCCAAAAAUAAAGAGUGAGGGAAGAAGAGGAGGAGGAGGAGGAGGAAGAAGAGGAGGAGGGGGAAGAAGAUGGAAAGGACAAGGAACAAGAAGAAGGGUGAUGGAGGACGAGGGGCUAAGAGAGAGAGGAUCUGAUGAAGAUUAAAGAGAGACACCACUGAACCACUGAUACCUCUUAACACCUACACACACACACACACGCAAAUACAUGUAUAUACUCACUCACACAGACACACACAAUCACG